AUGCAGGAAGACUAUAUCGGCCUUAUUGGAGAAGUGGCCACCGAGGCUGAUAACCGUGCUCGAAAGACGUUGAGCCCCUUGCUCAGAGAGUUUUACAAGAAGCUCGAUGCUGCUUUGACUCCCGCUCCUGAGGAGGAUGCCGCCUCCCAGGCUAUCGAUCUUGAGAUGGCCGGAGGCGGAAGCGAGGACGAGUACCGGCCGGACUCCGAAGAGAGCGACUGA